AUUUCCAAAAGAUGCGCUGAUCAAACUACGAAAAUUAGUUCGAGUAUACGAAUAUAUGUAAUCGGUAGAAAUUAUUCCUUUUAACAUCUAUUUAGAUAAUUAUUGUUGCAUUAAAUAACUGUUCAAACAAAAUUUAUUGCACAUAAUAAUACAGCGUCUAAUAUUGGGCAAGAAUAUUGCAUCGAAUUGCGUCUGCGCUUGAACCUCUUGUCCCCCGAGAUCAUAACAAGUGCCAUUUGGUGUUUUUAAAACAAGCAGCAAACACAGUCGUUUAUCCACGUUUAUCGUGACUUGAUUUGAUCCGAUAUGACAUCGGCUAAAGAUUUAUCAAAGGAAGAAAUACAAAUCGAACCACCGAUCUAUACCGAUAGUUCGGUAACGGAUCACAAUUCAAGAUGCGGUUCACCGAAACGUGGAACUACGCUUUCAACUAGUACGAGCAGCUUUGAGGCACUAGAUCCUCACGAUCCAAACCUUAGUCGUUUAGCGAAUACGAUGUUUCAAAAAACCGGUGAAUAUUUGCAAGAAGAACUCACUUCCACUCACGCCGAUUAUCGUUUAUUAGAACGACUAAACAAAGAAACGAUUGCAAAGUACACCGAACUGAAAACAAUAUCUUCUAGUGUAGCUCAAUCUUUGGAUUCUUUAAACGAAAAAUAUAAAAAAUUGCAACCUAUUUUGGAUAACAUCAACGAGAUCGACGAUAGUGUAACGAAACUAGAGCAAGCUGCAUAUAAAUUAGCAUCCUAUUCCAAACGAUUGGAAGCCAAGUUUAAAGACAUUGAAAAAGAUACAAAAAAAUAAGUGAACCUGUGAUACAUAUUGCGUUCUGUAUAAAUGAAAAUAUGAACAUAUACGUACACUUGAUGUUGCGAUAAAAACUGAGAAAAGGGAUGAAAUUGAUAACAUUUUUUGUGAUAAACGGAUUAAUUUAACCGUGUGAAUCGCAGGAGAAUAUGUAUAUAUAUUUGAUUUAAGUAUUAUGAUGUUCAUUGUUGAAUUUCGAAGAAAAUAGAUAAAAAAGUUUAUUUACAAUUA